GGGCUUGCGACGGGCGCCUCUCAGAGGUGGACCGGGACCGCUCUGAGUUCCUGGGGAAGCUAUGACUGUGCAAAGUACAUUAGUGUUGCUCUUAAAGUCAGGAAAAAAAUGGCAAGCAGAGAUGGGCUAGUUGAGGAGGCCACCCUAGGCAGAAAGAACAGUGCAAUCAAGGCCGCAGAAUGAGAAAUGCAUGGAGUGUUCUGGAAACACCCAGAAGUCAGUUUGGUUGGAGCGCAGGAUUCCUGUGGGAGAUUGAGAUACAGAUUGGACUUGAUAAAAGGCUCAAACUCCCGCCUGCAAACCAGAGACAACUUUUCAUUUGAAUGAACAGAAUCACGGACUGAAAUAUAAGGGACAAUAAUGUGUCUUGAUUGUGACAGUACAUAGAGGCCAUCUUAUCCACCACUGUUGGAGUAUUACAGGGACAGUACAAUCUGCAUUUGUGCUUUUGUGUCAGCCAAGAUCAGCAUCGAAACGUGUAACUGAAGAGAGUUAAUAAAUGGACAGUGUACAAAGUUGUCGGCAGGGGUGAGGGACGCCAGAAAGACGAGCAUCUGCUGAAAAGCCAUUGUCGACCAUAGAGGGGCACAGAGAUGGAACCAGAGCUCAGUGAGAGCAAUAGCUGAAGGAGAGCAAAGAUCAACAGGAACUUAGAGGAAUACGGCCCUACUUCUCUCUCUCUCCUGCCCUCAGAUCUCAUACCUCCCACUGGCUGAAGCCAAGAGGAAGACCAAGGGCAAAUGAGCACACAUGUCCUAAAAGGUCAGCCCUCGAGAAGGAUGGAGAGACAAAGGCAGAAUUAUCUAGCAGCUCUAUUACCAAGUCCUAAAUUUUGGAAUGAUUGUCUCCUCGGCAUUAAUGAUCUGGAAGGGGUUAAUGGUCAUAACUGGAAGUGAAAGUCCAAUUGUAGUGGUGCUCAGUGGCAGCAUGGAACCUGCAUUUCAUAGAGGAGAUCUUCUCUUUCUAACAAAUCGAGUUGAAGAUCCCAUACGAGUGGGAGAAAUUGUUGUUUUUAGGAUAGAAGGAAGAGAGAUCCCUAUAGUUCACCGAGUCUUGAAGAUUCAUGAAAAGCAAAAUGGACACAUCAAGUUUUUGACCAAAGGAGAUAAUAAUGCGGUUGAUGAUCGAGGCCUCUAUAAACAAGGACAACAUUGGCUAGAGAAAAAAGAUGUUGUGGGAAGAGCGAGGGGAUUUGUUCCUUAUAUUGGGAUUGUGACGAUCCUCAUGAAUGACUAUCCUAAAUUUAAGUACGCAGUGCUGUUUUUGCUGGGUUUAUUUGUGCUGGUCCAUCGGGAGUAAGAAGCCUGCCUUGCUGUUCCUGGAAGAUGCCGCACUUUUUGUUACUGAUGUUUGGAGUAGAUGCUGGUCUGUGAUUGGUGGCGUGGAGAGCACACGUGGUGGCACUUCUUGGUAGCACUGGUUGGUGUUAGUUUGUGUUUCCACGCCAGAGUCUAUGUGGGCGGGUGUGUGUGCACCACCGCGUGCACCCGAGGGGACUUUCAAUCACAGGAUUUCAUAUGUUGUCAUUGUCACACUUUCGCAUUUUUGUACAUUCGUGACUUUUUUAUAUUAAAAGGUUGAGCCAAAGCCCCCAGUGUUUGUACUUUGAAGCCACGCUUCACUUCUAAAGUGCCUACAGAGUGCUGUAAAUGAACACGCAGCUCGCUCUGCACGAGCUUGAAGCGUCAUUCCUCCUUAUAAUGGGAAUGGCAUAUACUGAGGUGGUCCGAAGUCUUAACUUUGCAAAAUUUUAAAUAAAAGACUUUGCAUAUUGAACCCCUUA